AUUUUUUUUUUGUUAUUCAUAAUACUUGUUCACUAUUUUUUUUCUGUUUAUUUAUACUUACGCCUCUUUUCUUUCCUGUUCUUUUCUUCUUUUUCUUUUGCGUGCAUUUUUAUUUGGAUGAUUCAGUUCACGAUACAUUUACAUUUAUAAGAAACAUUUGAUCCAUUUUUUUUGUCUAUUUCAAAUUCCUCGUUGCCUUUUUUCACUGACACUGUCUGUCUUCUCAUUCUUUGUUUGCAUCUCCAUUUACCAUCACUUCAUGUCGGUUCCCUCGUUGGACAUUCCACAAAGCAAGAACUGGUUGCCUACAUUGAGCAGUAUUAUACUUGAUAACGAUUCAUUCGCGGGAGAUCUCAUUCGUGCAUUUGACGACCGACAACUUCAACUACGCGCCGAGUUGCAACACGACCCAAAAAUCGCCUUGUCAAACACAAAUUCGAUCUAUUCGGAUGGCCCUGAUAACGAGGAUGCAGCACGUUCUAUUUCUACUCCGUCUCAACUGUAUCCGGUUCCUCCUACACCUUCUUCGCUACCACCACCACCACCUCUGUCCAUGCCUGCACCUGCUCCACCCGCCCCACCCGCCCCACCCAUCCCACCCGAAUUCUAUGGUGUGCCACCAUUCGCACCGCGUGAAACUGAAACGCGGGUAUCGGCUAAAAACUUGCUUCGGCGAUCGUCCGCCUACCUACGCGCCAAAUUUGAAGCACUUCGAAGCCAUGACGAUUGGACCCCUGCCAAUGCGACGUUUCCUUCUACUUCUUCGCAGCGACAGCAUCCUCUCCAUAAGUCAUUGAGCAGUUCCAAGUUAAAACGACGUAACCCCCACCGUUUGCACGCUCAAGAGAUUUUCUCUUCCUCUUCAGCCUCGUUGCCGCCUCCUUCCAAAAUUGCUAUUAAUACGACUAUCUCGCUUCCUCAAUUCACCACCGUGUCGCAGCCUGCUUCGGUUACCUACACCGUGAAACCACCCGUCAUUACGCAAUACCCACCGAAACCGCUCAAAUACUCGCCCGUGGAUCCUCCCGAUGAUACUGCCGCCAAGAGUAAAGCCCAUCGUAUUUCGCUGCCUCUGUUCAACUGCGUCAAUCAUCAUAAAAUUGAGAAAAAUCGACGGCGGUCCAUCGCUUUCUUGCAUUCCGCCAAAUCGGCUAUUCAGCGUCCGUUUCUUUUUUGCCAAAGAUCCAAUACUGAGCCUCGAGCCACCAAAGAACGCGUCUCUUAGCUUGCGCAUCUGCCGGUUUCUCCCCGAUAUCGCCAAAAAGUAAGAGCCUAAAUAUUAACAAAUAUGCUUCUCUCGUUUUCGCCGCCCACCCCGAGGUCCGUCCCCAGUUUUGGCUGUGAGCCGAAAUCCCCACUCAGCCAAUGCCGCUUGGUUCGGAACGACGCGGACAACUUCUCCGUUCUUCAGUGAGCUCGAAAUCGACCUAUUUUUUUUUCCUCGGUUUUGCUUUUACUUGAUCACUAUGUAAAUAUGUAUCCAUACCACUUAUUUAUGACCCUACUAUCCUUACUUACUCCAUACAAUCCAAGCUACAAAAUAAUAAUGACACCUUUAUUUAUCGUUUUUUUUUUCUUCAUCUCUAAAUUUACUAUUUUUAUUACCAAAAAUCCUGUUAAUCUCACCUCGCAUCUUCUUCCGCAUGGUUUAAUUGCAGAAUAAAACGUCAUAUUACUGCCGCAGAGUCCAAUG